AGGAACAAAUCCAGGUGCUAACAGGUGCCCGCUAAAAAAAAAAAAAAAUAACCAUGCCUUCGGUGCUGAUUACGGUGCUUGUUAUUGUUGCGCAAAUCGUGCUGUGCUUUGUUCCCGGGUCGAUUGCGGAACCCGCCGAAGAGGUCGUCAGACCGACAUCGACGUCGACGAUGCCGGAAACGAGGCGACACGACGUGACUUCCGGGAAUGAAGAGUUGCUUCCGGUCCGGAAGCCGGAGCCUGUCAUCAAGGACAAGAGCCACGUGUCCGAGGCGCAAGUACACAAAAAUAUGACGGAGGAUUUCGCCUGGUUGGACCAGCUGAAAAAUUCGUCAAAGGGCUCAAUUUUCAAGCCCACUAGUGGCUUCAGUCUGGUUUGUCAUGGGCAGGUGUACUGCGAUGAAAUAGUACUGAUGGCAGUUCAUAAUGAAGUUUUCUUCAACGACUCCAAAUCCUUUGUUGAUCUGAAGCUGAGAUUCCACCCAUUGGUUGUACUCGAAGCCCUUGAAAAUGCUCUUCAGUCGACUGAACAAAAUGUUACGGAAGCUGUGCAUCAAUGGCUUGAGGUCAACUUUGAUGAGGCGGAAACGGCUUUUGAGGACUUUGAAUUCUCUGAUUGGAAUGAUCAGGACUCCUACUGGACCUUCCUGGGACUCACACAUAGUGGCCUAUUGUCAACUGUCAGAGGAAUGUUGGAGAACUUUGUGGCCAUGGUGAAAGAAUAUGGCUUCAUUCCCAACGGGGGUCGAGUCUACUAUGAAAACCGAUCCCAGCCUCCAAUGUUCAUUCCUAUGAUCAAAAACUACUUAGACCAGGUGGCAACUUCCAAUUCAACACAGGACUCGGAUACAUUUGAGCGUGUGACUCCACUUGACCUUGAUUUUCUGCAGGAAUACAUUGACAUCAUUGAACAAGAAAUGGUAUUUUGGCUGACAGAGAGAUCAGUUACUUUUCAGCACAAUGGGGAGAGCAUGAUGCUGUUCCAUUACGCGACCAACACAACAGGUCCCAGACCAGAAUCUUUUGUGAAGGACGUUGAAUUAGUUCUCCAAGUUGAAGGAGACCUGGCCAAAGAGGCGUUGUACAAUAAUUUGCACAGUGCAUGUGAAAGUGGUUGGGAUUUCUCAUCAAGAUGGUUCAAACCAACUGCUGGAAACACAGUUGGAACUUUGAUUAAUACAAAAACCAGAGACAUUCUGCCAGUGGACCUAAAUGCACUCAUUUGCUACAAUGCCAGGGUGCUUGCAGACUUCUAUGCUAUGGUUACAGACAAUCCUGAGAGUCCUAUUGUGGAACAUUACAGGAAUAUCAGCAUGGAAAUUGCUGAUGCCAUGAAGAAGGUCAUGUAUGAUGAAGAGUCAGGGUCAUUUUAUGACUAUGAUCAUGAACUGAAUGUUCGAAGGAAAAACUUCUAUCCAUCAAAUGCCUGGCCCUUCUGGCUUGAUUGCUUGGGGCGGGAUAGCAAUAAGACAGAAAUGGGACUGAGGUACCUGGAGUACCUGAAGAAUGAAACAGGGCUUUCAUCACCUCUGGAUUUUCCUGGUGGAGUUCCUACAUCCCUGGUGGAAACUGGAGAACAGUGGGACUUCCCAAAUGCAUGGGCUCCAUUGGUGCACUCCCUGAUUAUCUCAUUGGACUCUAUUGAUCACCCCAGCACCAAACAAGAGGCUUAUAAUGUGGCUGAAAAAUGGAUUCAUACAAACUAUGUGGCUUACAAGACCCACAAUGCCAUGUUUGAGAAGUAUAAUGUCACCGAACUGGGAGCAAUAGGAGCUGGAGGUGAAUAUGGAGUGCAGAAGGGCUUUGGUUGGUCCAAUGGAGCAGUCCUGGACUUACUGGUCAAAUAUGGGGACCGCCUUCAAACCCCUGACCUAAAAUCUGCAUCUUCAGCUUUUUUCCUAAACCCUGCAGCAGCUUUUUUCAGCAUUAUAACAUAUUGGGUGCUUCAAUACGCAUGAGUAUUUCUCAGCAGAAUUUGUGAGUUCCCAUCAAUUUUCUACAUGGAUGAAAACCAAUGUUGAAAAAGCAUUUUUAUCAUUUUUUUAUUUGCUGUGAUAAAAAUUGUUCCUGAACCAUGUUUGGCUGAAGCUUUGCUUUCUGUUUUGGAUGGUAAUCCUCAACUUCUUCAUUUGAAUAUUUAAAAUCAUGGCAUUUUGAUCAGGGUUGUAUAUUUGAAUGCGGUUUGGCACUCCAGCAAAUAUCAAAGAACUUGCAUGUGCUCAAGGUGCGUUGUGGAAUGUUAUAAAGGCAAUUGUUAGAAGACAUUGAUCACAGUUAGCUGUGCUUUCACAUUGCAAGUAUAGUAAUUUACAAAAUAUUGUCAUAUGCAUAUUUUCUUUCUGAGGAAUUGAUGUUUUCAGCACUGACGAAUGAAGACACAAUAGUCAAUAUGAA